CACUGGCUUUUGUUUGCCUGCUGUAUCCAGAAAGGGGCUGGGCUUCUGCUCUAUAACCAUCCACCAGGAGAUAACAUGGGCUCCCCAACCUGCAGGAGAUAACAUUGCCAUCGCACAGAUUCAAGAUCUUUCUCUGAUUCAUGCUCCUGUAAAUAUGUGUGACAAGCAUCAUCAGAAACUGGCUUCCCCCCUCCGGUUCAGCUGUGUUUGAAAUUCUGUUUCAUGUGUAGUGGAGAUCAAAGCAACCAAAAAAGAUGAGUAGCCAAACUACCCCCGAGCCUGUGUCCUCGCCUCCCUCAACCGGGCAGAAGUAUUUUGACCGCUGUUCAGAAGAUGACCCAGAAUAUCUGCGCAAUAGAAACAUGGCGGCUGACCUCAGGCAGGAUUUCAAUGUCAUGGAUCAAAAGAAACGAGUGACCAUGAUCCUGCAGAGCCCUUCUUUCAGGGAGGAGCUGGAAAGUCUAAUUCAGGAACAGAUGAAGAAGGGGAACAACUCAUCCAAUAUUUGGGCCCUCCGGCAAAUCGCUGACUUCAUGGCCAGCACUGCACCAUCUGUCUUCCCCACCUGUCCAGUCAACUCAUCCAUGGUGGCACCUAUUAAUGACCUCCACUGCAAUGAGCCAGUGCCUCUGGCAAAGGGUGAGAGGCUACUGCGAUGCAAACUUGCCAGUGUCUACAGACUCAUAGACCUGUAUGGGUGGGCUCAGCUCAGCGGUACCAUUGCUUCUAUUAGAGUAAAUAAGGAACAAGAUCAUUUCUUAAUAAACCCCCGAGGAGUAGCUUGUAAUGAAGUGACUGCGGCAUUCCUUGUAAAGGUGAACAUUUUGGGUGAGGUGGUAGAGGCUGGCAGCACGAGCUUUGAGGUGGAAACUAUGGACUUCAGCUUGCACUCUGCCAUCUACUCAGCACGGCCCGAUGUGAAGUGUAUCAUCCAGUUACAUACAGCCGCUUCUACUGCGGUGUCAGCUAUGAAAUGUGGUCUCCUGCCUAUCUCUCAUGAUGCUUUGGUGGCAGGGGAGGUGGUAUACUAUGACUUCAAUGGAGACAUGGAAGAUGAGAAGGACAGAAUUGAACUACAGAAGUGCUUGGGGCCCACUUGCAAGGUCCUGGUUUUGAGGAAUCACGGUGUUGUGGCGCUAGGUGAAUCUGUGGAGGAAGCUUUCUAUAAGAUUUUCCACUUACAGGCAGCUUGUGAAAUUCAGGCAUCUGCUGUACCUUGUGCAGGAGGACCAGAGAACCUCAUCCUGCUGGACAGAGAUAAAUAUCGCCCACAUGAGGCGGGUACAGUUGGUUGGGCUGGCAGCAAGUUUGGACCUAUGCAGAAGAGCCGACUUGGUGAACAUGAGUUUGAGGCUUUAAUGAGAAUGAUGGAUAAUUUGGGUUACCGUACGGGUUAUACUUACCGCCACCCGUUUAUGCAAGAAAAGACAAGACACAAGAGUGAUGUGGAGAUCCCAGCCACAGUAACUGCAUUCUUUUUUGAAGAGGAAGGCGUCCCUAUCCCCACAUUGCGGCAGCAUGCCCAAAAGCAACAGAAAGAGAAGACACGCUGGCUGAACACUCCCAACACCUACCUACGAGUCAGUGUGGAUGAAGACAGUGUGAGCACCCCGAGGAGCAGCAAAACCACGUGGAUGAAGGCAGAUGAAGUGGUGAAGCCUAGUAGUGGCAUGCCCAUCCGUAUUGAGAACUCCAACCAGUUUGUGCCACUCUUUACAGAUCCACGUGAAGUAUUGGAGACCAGAAACAAGAUCCGAGAACAAAAUCGUCAAGAUGUAAAGUCUGCUGGUCCCCAGUCCCAGCUAUUAGCCGGUGUAAUUACUGAUAAAAGCAGAAGUCCGUCUACAGACAGUCAUCUAGCUACCAAAACAGAAGCAGAGCUCAAUGAACAGCCUGCAGAAGAAGUCUCACCUGAACCAGAGCCACCUAACCCAUUCAGCCAGCUGACAGACCAGGAGCUGGAAGAGUAUAAGAAAGAGGUGGAGAGGAAAAAAGUUACCCUUGAUGAUACAGGAGAUAAAGAAGGUAUUGAGGAUGAGUCUCAACCAUCACUGGUAACACCACCCACCUCUCCUAUAAGAAGUCCCACAAAGACCACUGCUCUGACUGUGUCUCCUUCCAAGUCAUCAGAAGAGAAAGAGAAGAAGGAGGACGCACCAUUAUCUGCAGAAACUACAGAGGAAAAUGUCCAACCAGCUGUGGUGCUAAAUGGGAAGGAAGAGGAUCAGCCUGCUCAGGAGGAAACUGUUCCAAAAGUUGCAGAAACCCCCAAAGGGAAAACUGAGACGGUGUCCAAUGCCUCUCCGGAGGGAUCCCCAACUAAAUCCCCCUCCAAAAAGAAGAAGAAGUUCCGUACUCCCUCAUUUCUAAAGAAAGGAAAAAAGAAGGAAAAGGAGAAGGUCGAGUCUUGAUCUCUCUGUCCCCAAAGACUGAUGCCUAAUGUAGGGGUAUAUACCCAGUCCCCAUCACUUCCUGAGCCAUGGCAGUGACGGGGGUGAUCUGUACUCAUGCUGGAGACACAGGUCUGAUGGGGGGGGCGGGGGGUUUGGAGAGGGGUACUCAUUCCUGGAGAGGAUUUUUUUAUUUACCGGAUUGGAACAUCCUACUACGGUACAGCUCAAUAACUGCACUGACAUUUGGGACUGCCCUGCUUAGCUCACAAGGAAAAACAAUGACAUUUUUAUAAUUGUCUUACACUGUAGUAGGCUUCUUUUUCGACAUCUCUCUACAACAACAUUUUUGAGUUUUUGUGAUUUGUUUAGAGGUUUUAUUUUAUUUAAUUUUUUUUUUUAAUAUUUAAGAGUGAAUUGUGUUUACUUUAGUCAUGUGACAGUUAAAAAGGGUUGCAUUAUGGUUGCCGAAUGCCUGCCAUUACUCAAAUGAGAUCAUAAACAUGGAAGGAGUUUAGUGCUUCCUGUGCCGCAAAAAUGAGAAGACCCUCUGUUAACAGUGAAUUGUCUGGUCUCUAAUACAUGAAUCAAUCGAUCCUCUAUUGCUAGUUAAUG